UUCAUUAUUAUGCAACAAUAUAUAAUAUGCUUUUUAUAUCAUAUUAUAUUCAAUUUUAAAAUUUUAUUACUAUAUCUAUUUAAGAAUGUUUAUUCUUAUAUUCUAGCCAUUUUUCUUAGUUAUCAAAAUAAUAAAUCAUUUUUAGAUGAUAUCAAAUUAAAUCCAGAGUUUAUUGCUAAUAAUAAACUGCCCUAUCAUAUAGCAUUUCUCAUUAUAGACGAAGAACCAUCUUACGUCGAUUUAUCAAAACUAGUCAUAUGGUCAAUUUGUUUUCAAAUAUAUAAAAUCACAUUUUUUGACCCAAAAGGAAGUAUCAAAAAUAAUAUUGAUAUCUUGAAGAAUGAAGUCAAAUCUUGUAUUAAUGCUUUUCAUAAAUGCAAUUAUUUCUCCUAUGAUGUUUAUUAUAAAAUAUUGAAUGAUAACAGUUAUAAAAUCACUCAUAAAAAUGGAUAUAGCAAUAAAGUUAUAAUAUAUAUUGCUGAUAGUUGGGAUGGUUAUAAAGUACUAAAUAAACUUUGUAUAAAAUAUUGUUUUCAAAAAUCGGAUCAUACAAAAAAUGGAAUUUGUCAAUCUAAAGAUAAAGUAUUAAUGGAUUCUCAAACAUUUUCAACAGCAAUGAAUUCUAUUUAUCCUGAACCAAACAUGGCCCUUCGGUUUGGAAGUAUAUCAACUCUAGCAAAUUUUAUGCCCUGGCAUCUGCGAUUUACUGAAAUUAUAUUAGUGCUGUUAACGUUACUUCAAAAAAAACACGUUACUUCUUACAUCAAAAAAAGGAAUGUGUUACGUUACCUUGUGAAGAAAGGAACGCGUGUUACUGGCUUUUCAGAAAGUAACAUGUUACUCGCUACAUGAAAAAUUAAAUAUAUAAUAAAUAAAAUUAUACAAAAAUAAUAUAUUAUAAGAUGAGAUCUUUUUAUAAUAAUUUUUUCCCCUAUAUAAUAUAAAUAAAAUUAUUUCAAAAUUUUGAUAAGAUAAAUAAGAGAGUGCUUAACACAUCUUUUGCCGUGCUAAACACACGUUCAAUAAGCACAGAAAAUGGGAGGAUUUUUUUGUAUUUAAUAAAUAUAAAUUUUAUUUGAGGGAAUUCAUUAAAAAUUAUAAAAUAAUCCUUAUUUUGAAAAAAGCUUAAUAGAUCAUCUUCAAAAAAUCUUCAUUUAGAUCCUUGUCAAAUUUUUAUUAUCUUUAUCAGAAAAUAAUCUGGUAUGGUA